GCUCUUCGGCUGGGGGGCGUAGUUGGCAUCUCUUCUUGGAACAGCAUCUCCAGGCUAGGUGCUCGUCUCGCUUUUAUGGUUACAGAAGGUCAAUAAACUCAAAAAGAUGAAGCCCUGGGUCUUUCUAUUAGCAUGCAGUCUUCUGCCUCUCUGUUGGUCUGAAAAGUGUGAUCUUUCAGACCGGAAAGCUGAUAAAGAAUUCCCAGAUAUUGAAAAGAAAGGUGCAACAUCGUACAUGAUGACAGUCGAAUACACAAUACCAGAUUCUUCUCAAACUGAUUAUUACUUGGAAUAUUACGACAUGGAAAUUAGGAAAGGUCGAGUUGAGAGUCACAUUAGUAACAAGAAUUUCGUCUAUAUCUACAGAACGAAAUCAUUGGAAGCAUGGGAGAUCAGAGGACGCGACUGUAAGCUACAAAACAUCUCAGACAUUCCAGAAAUGUUUCGUAGUGACCAAAGCGACUGGACCCACCCGAAAGGAGAUGUUGACUAUGAUAAGAAAACUGUCGGACCUUCAGCAAUGUUCAAGAAUGGGUUAGAUGCCUGGAAAAAGAAAACCAAAACUAGCAUGGCUUACAUGGGGGAUGCCAAAGAUCCUGUUCGUGGUCUUAAUGCUCAAUAUUGGAGACUUUGCAAAGACAACUCUUACGUUGACUAUUAUUUUACUACAAAGAAUGUGACGACUGCAGAAAAUCUUCAACUGGAAAUUCCACUCCGGGUGGUGUUCGGUCCUGGAAGGACAGGGGAAGCAAAAGUGCUCUCUCGGCAACAGUACGAAGUCAUGGAUUUCCAACCAUACAUCAAAAAGGAUUUGAAGCCUUUUCAGCUUCCUAAAACUAGAUUCUGCAAGCGUGGAGAUCUCGCCGACGGUCCAGACAUGCCGGAUCUAACAGGAAAAAGCCUGCGGUUCGAUGCUGAAGCUGUGUUCAGAGUCCUUGAUUUUAGCGGAGAUGACUCCCAACUGUAUAGUUACUACAGCACACUCAUGAUGGCUCUAGACACUGACUCCAAUCAUGUAGCCUACUAUUACUCAAACUGGAAUUCCUCGAAAGAAACACCCGAAGAUGCAGAACCAACAGCUUUACCACCGGUGGGUGCAAUCUUUGACAUGACUCACGGCUACCUUUACAACAUGAGCUACGAUACUGGUCGAUGUGAUAUUGUCAGGAUUAAGGAUUACUCUCCUAAAUUCGAACUUCCAAGGGGAGCUGGAGCUGUUUACUUGGCUGACCCAACGAUUCUUUAUCCAAAUAAUGAGUUCAGCUACGUUACAGAGGGCACAAAUCGUGGUCUGAACGUGGAUAUCUUUGAAGCUCAAUUCGAAAACUAUCCACUCGAUUCAUCAGAUCCGUCAAAGACGAUCCCCAAAGUUUAUGCUUCGCAUUCAUACCUGCAGUUCGACGAAACAGUGGAGAACACCGGAACAAUUCGAAACGCUUUGACACAAGUACAACUAUGGUUAAUGGGACGAUUGGAGAAGCAAGUAGAACAACUCACUUUCAACAUCUACGAUUUCUCGACCAAAAUUCGCAACAAGAGAUGGAUCUUCAACGUCCAAAGAUGCUACCAGAAUGACGAUGAUUAUGUUUAUGUCACCAUCACUUUUGAUGCAGAUCCAGCCACGUUAACUAAAGUCACAGAAUAUGUUCCCAGCAUUCAAGCAAAUAUUCUGCAAAAAAUACAGCUCAACACGGAAUUGAAUUCAGUCAGAAUUCCAACAAUCUUGGUUGAUGUUAGGGAUGCGAUCUACGUCACAUUGAUGGUUUUGGGGAAGCCUCCACUUGAAUUGGAUUACCUCGACGGAGUACGGGGCAAAAAGAUCGACAAAACGACUCGAACCCAAGGUGUUUCAGAAUUCAGUGACUGCGCACAAGCAUGCUUGGAGAAAGAAGAAAAUUGCUGGGGUUUCUCCAUGUGCGGUAAAAUGUGUUAUUAUGGAACCAAAAAAGAGACAGCUGCUACAAUUGUCGAUUCCGAAGAAUGCACUCUAUGGAUGCGUUUCAACAACGAUACGUACCUUCGAUCGAAAGAAGAAAUGGUAUCUGCUCUCAGAGAAGAAGUAGAAAUAGGAACUAUGAAACUGAGCAUACCCGUUAAAGGUCAAGAAGAGGAGGUUGUUUUAACAGCUAGCUCGAUACAAGUCAGUGAACCAGGCGAAGACACCCGCAUUUUCGAAAGAAUGGGACGUGAACUGAAUCCUCGCAUGAUUGCCUAUAGGGCUGGCUUUAGGCUAAAGGACGAUUUGGGAAAGGAGGUGAAGAAUAUGGGCAAGUUGCAAUUUGACGAAUGCCAAAAGCUCUGCCUAGACUUCGACAACUGCGAAACGGCCUCCUAUUGUCUUAUGGAUUCUUCGUGUGUACUGCACACAAAAUAUGGGGAAGAACUGUCUGACUCUGAUAUGAUCGAAGAUAAUACGUGCAUCCUCGUCACAAGAAAGUAUGCAGAUAACUUUGUACGCAGUCCAGGCAUUGUCCUGAGUACCAGUGCUUCCAAAGUGCUGAAAGACAAGCCCAAGGUAGAAGACUGUGCGAGAGCAUGCCUAAAAGAGACAUCUUUCUCGUGCUUGUCGUUCGACCACUGUCAAACAGCUGGCACGUGCAAGCUCCACGUUGUGCACUACCCCAGUUCCAAGUCACGUGAAGCAAUACAGCAGAAAGAUGUAAACUGCGGACACUACUAUAGAAAGUUCAGCACAGAGUUCAACAAAUUCCCAAACAAACGUAGCGUUGGCAGUUCAGUCAAACCGAUAACUAAUCUCACUUUGGAGGAGUGUGCAAAGACCUGCUACGAAUGGACGGGGGAGGAUUCCUGCCAGGCAUUCGAUUUCUGCCAGGGAGGAACCAUGUACUCUACAAAUUGCGUACUCGUGACUACAUCGCCAUCAGCUAUGACUACCACUUUCAGCCCCAUCUGCAGCAAUUUCGUAAGAACUAAACCAUUUUUUGCUUCGCCAGCAUACAGUAACAGCUAUACCGGAGGAAUUGCUUUCCUUUGUUUCUUAAUUGGUGGAAUAGUAGGAGCAGGAGUCAUUUUCCUCAUCGCAUACAUACGAGUUAACAGACGAUGAUGAUUUCUUCAGCCUUAAAUUGAGCCUCACCACUAGGGAUGUGAAAAUCAGUGUAUAAAAUGAAAGUUCUUUUCAUAAACUGUUUUACUGAUGAACACCAAUUUCUGUACAUACUCAAAUAGUGGAAGAAUUCUUUUUAACUUAUUAUGUUCUGAAAGAGAUCAAUGUUAUGUUUUUUUGUGUAGAACUCCAGGUGGAAAUAAAAGUCCUCCGUAUAGUGUUGCAUGAA